AUGAAACAUUUGGAAAUGCAACGUGAACGAACAUUUAUGAAAGAGCAACGCAAUCUUCACAUAACCGAGUUUGGCUUUGGUUCAAACCGAUUGGAAGGGAUCACCCACAUUCCGUGGAAAUUAAUCCUGCUAAAAGAUGCGUCGAUUUUCGAGGGCCGAGGUUCGCGAAGUGAAGCGAAAAAAAUCGAGGAGAAGCGCCAGCAAUCCAUAAUGAUGCCAUUUUAUGAUCCCUCGGUGUAA